ACCGUCCCGUAUUCACCAGCAUCAACUGUCAACAACAAACAAUCCUCUAACUCUCUCGAUUUUACCUGGGUCUUCAUCAUACUCAACCAAGCUUUUUAGCAGCCCAAGCCACCUAAAUUUUGCCCACACGAGCCCGAACAAAGAUCACAUCUGUGGUUGGCGUACCCCAAAUCAUACACAGUCCUCUCGUCUUCCGUCCAAUCCAUCGUGUCUCGUGUCAUAUCGGUCUCCAUCUGUCUGAAGCCAGAAUUCAUCUCCGCUUAAAUCUCUCAAACACCACCUUCUCACAUCACUCACCCUUGUUCUCGUUUUUCUGACCACCACCCCAACCUCACCCUCAACCAACAUCGUCCCCAAUGUCUCAACCAGCAACCCAACAACAAGCAACACCAUCAACAUCAUCCUCACAGAAUGGCAACUGGCGCGCCGGUCUUCGUCCACCACCCCGCGAUGACCGACCGCAAACCGAAGAUGUGAAAGCUCUCAAGGGCAUCGAAUUCGAGGACAUGUUCCUCCGCCGUGAACUCCUCAUGGGAAUUUUCGAAGCCGGUUUCGAAAGACCCUCCCCCAUCCAAGAAGAAGCCAUCCCCAUCGCCCUCGCCAAACGCGACGUCCUCGCCCGCGCCAAAAACGGCACGGGCAAGACCGCGGCCUUCGUCAUCCCAUCCCUCCAACAAGUAGACGUUAGUAGGAACAAGAUCCAGGCACUCCUCCUCGUACCCACCCGUGAGCUCGCGCUUCAGACGAGCCAGGUCUGUAAGAUUUUGGGAAAGCAUAUGGGCGUGCAGGUCAUGGUGACCACCGGUGGUACGACGCUGAAAGACGAUAUUAUGAGGUUGGCAGAGACAGUGCACGUGCUGGUGGGUACGCCUGGUCGUAUAUUGGACUUGGCGGGGAAGAAUGUGGCGGAUUUGAGCGAGUGUCCGGUCUUCGUGAUGGACGAGGCAGAUAAGCUGCUAUCGCCCGAGUUUUCGCCUGUGAUGGAGCAAUUGUUGGCGUAUCUUCCAAAGGAACGUCAAGUCAUGCUCUUCUCUGCCACUUUCCCCCUCAUCGUCAAGGAUUUCAAGGAUAAGCACAUGAAGUCCCCCUACGAGAUCAACCUCAUGGAAGAACUUACACUACGUGGUGUCACCCAGUACUAUGCCUUCGUCGAAGAACGGCAAAAAGUGCAUUGCCUAAAUACCCUAUUCUCCAAGCUCCAAAUCAACCAGUCCAUCAUCUUCUGCAACUCGACCAAUCGUGUCGAACUCCUCGCUAAAAAAGUGACCGAGCUCGGCUACUCCUGUUUCUACUCGCACGCCAAAAUGCUUCAAUCACACCGGAACAGGGUCUUCCACGACUUCCGCAACGGUGUCUGCCGGAACCUCGUCUGCUCUGACCUUCUCACUCGCGGUAUCGAUAUUCAAGCCGUGAACGUCGUCAUCAACUUUGACUUCCCCAAAAACUCAGAGACUUACCUCCACCGUAUCGGUCGUUCGGGACGAUUCGGACAUCUCGGUCUCGCGAUUAAUCUGGUCACGUAUGAGGACAGGUUCAACUUGUACAAGAUCGAGCAGGAGCUGGGGACGGAGAUUCAGCCCAUUCCGCAGACGAUUGAUAAAGGGCUAUAUGUGGCGCCGGGUGCGACGGCGGACGAGACAUCGAGGGCAGGACAAAAGACGGGCCAGCCGCAGGCGCAACAACAACAGCAACCACAACCGACGGCCGGGCCACCUCAGCAGCAGCAGCAGCAGGGAGUGUUGUCGCCUCAGCAGGUGGCUGCUCAGAGGGCGCAGGCAGCGGCUCAAGCUCAGGCUCAAGCUCAGGCUAGGCAGGCGGCUCAGCAGCAGCAGCAGCAGCAGGCGGUGUACCAGACGAAUGGACAGGCGGGGAGGCCUAAUGGACAGGCAGUUCAAGCGGCCGGGAAUAGGCAGUCGUAUCCUGCGGGUGCGAAUGCAGGGUACAGGGGCCAGGUCCCUGUUACUCAGCGAUGAGAAGGGUGGGUUCGGCGUUGAGGCCAAAGAAAGAUACGGUGAUUGUUGUCGUCGUCGACGAAUCGUUGAGCAGUGUUGUCCAGUCAGUGCAGGGGAGAGGAGCUGAGGAGGGCUGAUUGUUUGUGGUGUGUUGCCGAUGAGGUCGGCAUGCUUUCGUUCAUUCAACUUCCUUUCUCGUUAUAGCAUCAUCUCGAAGAGUUUUUCCAUUCGUCUUUUUCAUGUGCGCUGUUCUGUUUAUACCGGUACCCUAGCCCUCGCCUCGGCUUUUACACUCCCAAACGCUCAAGACAUCUCGUUCUCGUUACCAGCUGUGGACUUCCGCAUCUACCCUCUUGUCCAAUCUCCUUUACCCUGCCUCAUCCAACACCCUUUCCAAGCUUAACUCCUGGUUGCUAUAUUGUACUACAAUGAUCAAUCUCCAACAUAACUCAACCGCAUCGACACCUCUCUCGCCAUCUUUACUACUCUCGAGUGUAACUGCUGGUAUUCAGAUUCGGAUUCCCCAUUUUUGUUCCUUUCCUUCCCUUUUUGUUUGAAUUCGAAUUUGCUCUCGUAUCUCUCUUUCUUCAUUCCAUCCAACCAACCGUCCGUCCAUCCAAUUCUUAUUAUCUCGACUUGCUCUUGCUGUCGUUUCUUCCUCUUUAUAUCCGCUGUCCUUGCCCCCCACCCUCCAACGUUACGAAUAACCUGACUCGGCCUACUGAUUGCCACACCCAAACUUCCUCCACACUCCACAUCCCUUUGACCGCAUCGACGUUCUCACCGGACUAGUACGGUUCAUUGACAUCUUGACUCAGAUUGAUACUUGUUCCCAACUUACUGUAUAUCCUUACCGUAAGGUCCCAUUCUGAAAUCCCUUCUACCCACUCCUCCACCCCUUCGCCCACACCUACCUCCUCUUCCACUCCGUCACCUACCUACCCCUGUUCCACCCCGUCGUCUACCUCUUGUCCCCCCUCGUCGCCUACCUUAUGUCUCAUCCCGCCGCCGACGUACCCUUUACACCCC